AAAGCUAAGCAUUUGGAAUGGUUUCAAAGAAAGCCAAGUAAGGUUGUCUACAUGGAGAUGAACAUGGUAAAUUUCCAUAAAUGAUAAACAAAUGUGAGUACAAACAAAAUAACACAGCCCAACUAAAAAUGGUGUAGUAGGUAUUGGAGGAGCUGUGAUACUGCCAAAGAAACAUGCAAAAAACACUGGGUGUAUACUGAAGUAAACAUAGCACAAUGGCACAGGACUAGACACAAACAUUUACAAAUGUCCAGCAUGAUCUUUAUGUGGGUUGGCAGGGGACAUGCCUUGAAGAGCAGGAUGUUAGAAAGGAAGAGUCCGAGGAUGCUACUAACAGCCAUAUAAGAGUUUGCAACACUGGACAGCGCCAUAUUUGUUGUUAUUUUUGAGAGUGAGGCGCAUGCGGGUUACAGAAAAAGGCGAAGCUAUGACGUCACUGUUUAAGAAAAUAUGCGGCUCGCUUGUACACAUGGUAACAAUUAAACAAGCAUUUGAAAUGUAUUCACUCUGGGACCCGGUCUCCAAAAUGAUCAUUUGUCGUCUCCCAAAGUGCACGCACAUUUAUGUGGACGGGCAGCUCGAAGGAUGAAAUACCUUUGCAGAUACCCCUAAUCUUGUCUCCGUGUGGAGGGGGCCUAAAACGGAACAAAACUGAGUACGAAUGGGCUGAAGGGACAAAUUGGGACCCAGAGCGAAGUGAAGCGUGUGCUUUCAUUACAUGUCACAACGACCUGCCAUACAGCCUGCUCUCCUCGAGGUGCGCACGAGGGGUAGGUGUGUCUUAUAAAUAAAUGAGUGAUCUCGCCAAACACCCGGCUACGCCCCUCUCGCCUGUUCCGCGGGGCGUGACGUCACGUGAACUGCCCGUGUCCGUUCCAGCUGAGCGCGAGAGGCAGAGGACGAUCGGACGUGGACGUCGCGCGGCCCCAACGCAGAUCCCAGCCCGUGCGCCCGUGACUGCAUCCACCGGAUGAAGGGGAGGAAAAAAAAAAAAGUAGAGACAGAAAGACGAGCCCUCCCCCUCCUCCUCCUCCCCCCCCCAGCUGACGGACAGCAGAGCGCCACAGCAGAGCAGACGAGCAGCAACACAACUUGUCAUCUGACCAACACACAGCUACUUUGACCGCUGCUGCUUCUUGUUUAUUUUUUUUUCCUACGCGCACUUUUUUUCCUGCGAGGUUAUUAUUUUUUUUUUAUUUUAUUUUUUGUUGUUGUUGCUUUAACGGCGGAGGGAUUCAGCGGUGGGAUUUAUUAUUUUUUUUUAGUCCAGGACGAUAAACUCGGGAUAGCCGCUUCGCAGUUGUGAGUUGUGACAUUUUGUUUUGCCUCCACCGUGCGGUUUUAUUGCUUUGUUUUUAUUGACGGCGUUUCCAGCUCAUAUGGUCUGACCGCCCCUCUCGCCGUAACGUCUUGAUCCAGUCAACACUUUAACAACAUUCAAUGACAAUGGAGUACUUUGAAGAGAAUUUUUAUACGAGGAAAUAAGGAUCUCCGUUGCAACAACUGCAAGCCCUCCAGCGUACUUGUCCUAUUGGUACCUCUGGUGAGAUUGCAUCAGUAUUUCAGGUGCACCCCCCCUCUUUGGAGCCCGCCCCCCCCACACCCCUCCAGUCCAGGAUGUCCAGGCAACUCUCCCAGCUUCCGACCCCUGACCUGCCAGCUGGGGCAAGCCCACAGUUUGGAAGUUGUACUCAGCCUGCAGGCUCCCUCACAGGGGGCCACGUCAACUCCAUGGCCGGUUUGAAAUCCCUCCUGCAGCAACCCAUGAAGGGAGACCACCGGCUGAAGAACCCGUGCGACUCAAAAGACAAAGACAGACUGGACCUUGAUGAGGACUCUUUAGGAGUUUGCCCAAUGAGGAAUGGCAAUGGACCAGUCAGCAAUAACAACAGUAAUGGCUGUGGAGGCGGAGGAGGAGGAGGUGGUGGUGGUGGUGGAGGUGGCGGAGGAGGAGGAGGAAAUGGCGGAGCGGGCUUCAACCAAUUCCUCGGACCCUUCCUGUGGGAUCGGACCCUGCCGGCGGACGGGGGGCUCUUUCAGCUCCAGUACAUGGACUUGGAGGAGUUUCUGACCGAAAACGGGAUGGGCAGCAUGCACAACAACAACAGCUCCAGCUCGGCCCAGAUCCCCUCGCAGAGCUCCCAGUCGGCCGUGCCCAACCAGAGCUCCCAGUGCCUACCUCCCUCGUCCCCGCCCGGCUCUUCGUCCUCGUCGCCCUCUUCCUCUUCCUCGCCGUCUCUCAUAGGCCUGGAGGUGGCCCAGCCGCAGAGUCAAGGAGGAGGAAGCGACUGUCUACAUGGUGGUCAGACGAGCGUGAAUGACUCCUGCGAAUCGCCUUCUUCCUCCUCUUCCUCCUCCUGUCCUCCUUUACUGACGCCCACGGGAAGUGGACCGGACGCCAACGGGAUGUUCGAGAUGGACCCCUCAGACAUGGCAAUGUCCAGCACCUCUGGAGAGCAAGACUUUGACCCCAGAAGGCACUCCUUCAGCGAGGAAGAGCUGAAACCACAGCCCAUGAUCAAGAAAGCCCGCAAGAUCCUGGUGCCAGAUAACAUGAAGGAUGAGAAGUACUGGACCAGGAGGUACAAAAACAACGAGGCCGCAAAGCGUUCGCGGGAUGCUCGCCGUCUAAAGGAGAACCAGAUCUCGGUGCGGGCCGCCUACCUGGAGCGAGAGAACGCCGCCCUCCGGCAGGAAGUGGCCGAGAUCCGCAAAGAACUGGGCCGCUGCCGCAACAUCCUUAGUAAAUACGAGAACCGCCUGGGUGACCAGUGAUGGAGGAAAAAUCAGCAGGACGAGGCAGAUUAAACUUAAAGACUCCGAAUUUUUUCCGGGAUGGUUCGACAAACCUAAUGAGUUCAAAAUCACAAUGAGAAGGACGUUGACGAAUAAAAACGAUGAAUGUAUAAGUCCAGGAAAUGGGUUGUGAAGCUCAGGUGUCUUGUUUUGUUGAGCUCUUAAAAGCGAUUGAUGGAGAGAGAGAGAGAGAGAGAGCGAGCGAGAGAGAGAGAGAGUAAUUUAACUGAUUAAAAAAAAGAUGUGACUUUUAAGAGUUUUGUUAUUGGAGAAUUGUAUAUUUUUAUAAUACUUAAGAAAAAUGUGGAGGGAGAGCAAAUGCAGAGAAUAAUUUUGUAUAUUUUUUACAUGUUUUGGACACAGAGAUGCAGAGAAGCCAUGGUGAACAUCAUUAUAUUUUAGACGAGUCAGGAGUUGUCAACCUUCAUGAUGCUUUAGUCACGAUGCAGCAACUGGGGUUGAGGAUGUAUGUAAUAAUCUGUAAUAUAGAGAGCAAAGAUUAUCUUAAAAAUCGUAUUGUUGGACAGUUUGUGGAUUUUUCUCGAGCACUUCCUUUCUCGCCCCCCCCCCCGCCGCCAUUUAAAGGCCACUUCGCAUGCUCCGUAGAGACAAAAUGAGAGACACGAGGUGUAUUCAGCACUUGUUUUGACCAGGUCUUGUGUUUUUUUUUUUUUUUUUUUUUUCCUCUUUUAUGGUUUUAACAGACAGUUUCACCCUGCCGACUGGUGCAUAUAUCUGAAAUCCGUAUUAUAUCUGGGUCUGUUUUUUUUUUUUUAUAUCUCUCUCUCCCAGCUUUGUGAUGUUAUGGAGCCCUGGGCUGUCCUGCUCCUCUGCAUCCUUUUUGAAUCCAUGUAUCCAUGCCUCUAUUUCUGCUCCUACGGUUAAACUCUCCCCAUACAGUGUUGUAACAUCCUCUGAAACCAGUCCCCCCCCCACUCCCCCCAGUUAGGUGCACAUCGAUACUUUAACUGUAUUAAAUAAUCCCACUUUAGGGGAGGGAAUGUUUUGAAUACGGAUUUGAUGUAUUUCAGGAGAUGGGUUGUGUCCGCACUCCCGUUGAGUGGAAUAGUGUAAAGAUUUCCCAGAUUUCUGGGAGAAAUAAAAGCCAAGUUUUCCCAUGUGGAUGCACAGAGCCUGUAGCUAUUUAGUGCUCCCCCCCCCCCCCUCCAUACCCACCUAUCUGCUUUUUACUGUAUCUAUUAACACCUACACAGGGGCAUGGUACACAGUGUUGUUAUGUUCCUGGGGGGAUGGAGGACUAGCGAAAGUGUGAUUUUAAUCCCUUUAAUGACCAUGAUGGAUAGUUACCAUUACAGCUAUUGUUAAUGUUAUAAUUAUGAUGAUUACCCUCCUAUUGUUAUUAUUCUAUAUUACUGAAUGUUUUUCUUUCUUUGGAGAGAUAUGAUCUGUUGCAUCUAGAAACAUAUUUUUUCGAGUGUUCCUCAGAAAUGCUCACCCUCUGGACGUUCACAUCUGCUCUGGACUCCAUCUCCUCCACCCCAGUGGAUUUCACAAACUCGGCUCAUUGACUUGAACGUGACGUCCACGCAGACUUAUUUUACCUCCGUCUUCUGGUGUCGAGCUCGCGUAAGGACUAUGCAGACGACCACAAUGCUCCCCGGCGGUUCCUUUCAGCCUCCGUCAUCUCACUCGGUGAUUGUUUUGCUCUCCCAUCAGGAUCCAGUUCCUAAUGUCCUCACAGAUGUGGUUGGUGAACCUUGUAGUGACUGCUGCAUAAUUUGUGUUCAUGGUGCCCAGCCCCCCCCCCCCCCCCUUCCCCCCCAACCCUUCCAGCCAGUUUCAACUGGCUGUUAUUUGGAUGUAGUUGCAACUUCCCAAACUACAACAACAACAACAAAAAAACACCAAUAAAAGAUUGUUCUCAUCCA